AUGACAGGUACAAGGCAGAUAUCUUCUUCAACUUCUGAACCAGAAAUUAACCCAGUAACGGAUGCGUUUACACGAGUGGCAGAAGCUCUUAGAGAACAAACGGGAGGACUUAAUUCUGAUUAUAAAGGACUCACUGAAUUUCGUAAGCAUAAACCUUCCACUUUUCGUGGAGAUUAUAAUCCUGAGGCAACCAUGGAAUGGGUAAAGGAACUUGAGAAAAUAUUCCUGGUAAUGGACUGUCCUAAUACUCAUCGUGUAAACUUUGCCAUAUACUUGUUGAUUGGAGAAGCAGAGCAUUGGUGGACAAAUACCAAAAGAUAUUUUCAAAGCCAAGGAACAGAGAUUACUUGGACAAUUUUUAAAGAUACCUUUUUGGAAAAUUACUUUCCUCAAAGUGUAAAAAAUAGAAAAGAAAUAGAUUUUCUUGAACUGAAACAAGGAAACAUGACUGUUGGAGAAUAUGUGGCAAAAUUUGAGGAAUUAUGCAGAUAUUCUAAUUAUGUACAGAAUCAACCUAAUGAAGAAUGGUUGACGACUAAAUUUGAAUCUGGACUAAAACCUGAAUUAAAAAGUAUGAUAAUAGGACACCAAAUUUGGAAUUUGUCAUCAUUAAUAAAUAGGUGCAGAGACAUUGAAGCAAGCAUGAAGGAAGCUGAAGAGGGAAGAGAGAAAGACAGAGUUUCAAGUAGGAGAAAAAACGAUGACAACAGCAAAAGGAGGUUUUCACGGACACAAAACUCAGGGAAUAGCUUUGCUAACAACAGAUGA